CUUCCGGGUGUGUGUUUCCGGCGUCGGCGGCCGCGGCCGGGGACGGUGUGAGAGCGGUAAGAUGGCGGCCGCAGCGGUGGUGGAGUUCCAGAGAGCCCAGUCUCUACUCAGCACCGACCGGGAGGCCUCCAUCGACAUCCUCCACUCCAUCGUGAAACGUGACAUUCAAGAAAAUGAUGAGGAGGCAGUCCAGGUCAAAGAGCAGAGCAUCCUUGAACUGGGUUCUCUCCUGGCGAAGACUGGACAAGCUGCUGAGCUUGGAGGACUCCUGAAGUAUGUACGACCUUUCUUGAAUUCCAUCAGUAAAGCUAAAGCAGCUCGUCUGGUCCGGUCUCUUCUUGAUCUGUUUCUAGAUAUGGAAGCAGCUACAGGGCAGGAGGUCGAGCUAUGUUUAGAGUGCAUCGAAUGGGCCAAAUCAGAGAAGAGAACUUUUUUACGCCAAGCAUUGGAGGCAAGGCUGGUGUCUUUGUAUUUUGAUACCAAGAGGUACCAGGAAGCAUUGCAUUUGGGUUCUCAGCUGCUUCGGGAGUUGAAAAAGAUGGAUGAUAAAGCCCUUUUGGUGGAAGUACAGCUUUUAGAAAGCAAAACUUACCAUGCUCUGAGUAAUCUGCCGAAAGCCCGAGCUGCCUUAACCUCUGCUCGAACCACAGCAAAUGCCAUCUACUGCCCCCCUAAAUUGCAGGCCACCCUGGACAUGCAGUCAGGUAUUAUUCAUGCAGCAGAGGAGAAGGACUGGAAAACUGCAUACUCAUACUUCUAUGAGGCAUUCGAAGGCUACGACUCCAUUGAUAGCCCCAAGGCCAUCACAUCUCUGAAGUACAUGUUGCUGUGCAAAAUCAUGCUCAACACCCCAGAAGAUGUCCAGGCUUUGGUGAGCGGAAAGCUUGCACUUCGGUAUGCAGGGAGGCAGACAGAAGCAUUGAAAUGUGUGGCUCAAGCUAGCAAGAACAGAUCACUGGCAGAUUUUGAAAAGGCCCUGACAGACUACAGGGCAGAGCUCCGGGACGACCCAAUCAUCAGCACACAUUUGGCCAAGCUGUACGAUAACUUACUGGAACAGAAUCUGAUCCGGGUCAUUGAGCCUUUUUCCCGAGUCCAGAUUGAACACAUAUCUAGCCUCAUCAAACUCUCCAAGGCCGACGUGGAAAGAAAAUUAUCACAGAUGAUUCUUGACAAGAAGUUUCAUGGGAUUUUGGACCAGGGGGAGGGUGUCCUGAUCAUUUUCGAUGAACCCCCAGUAGAUAAAACUUACGAAGCCGCUCUGGAGACUAUUCAGAACAUGAGUAAAGUAGUGGACUCCCUCUACAGCAAAGCCAAGAAGCUGACAUAGAGUUGGAUCUGUAGCGGUCCUUUGGAGAGUGUGUGUGGCGGGAGAGUGAACCCUUGGGGAAAUGCUAGGAGAUUCUUUUCUUUCUGUUCUACUUUUCGCUCGGAAAGUUUUUAACCCUCAUUGGUGCAUCUGUAUCCAGCGAUAGGCGGCCAGUUCUCAUGUAAUCCGUACUGGCCUUCACGGGAGUGGGGAAAUUGCUUAAAAAAAAGAAAAAGAAAAAAAAAAAGAUUCUAAAUAAAAGGAAAAAGGCUUACACUA